AUGAUAGGUGGAGUUUUUAUCUAUAACCACAAAGGAGAAGUUUUGAUAUCAAGAAUAUUUCGCGACGAUGUCUCAAGAAAUGCCGCAGACGCUUUUCGAGUCAAUGUAAUUCAUGCGCGACAACAGGUCCGCUCGCCUAUAAGUAUCGUAGCAAGGACAAGUUUCUUUCACGUCAAAAGAGCAAACAUUUGGAUAUGUGCUGUUGCUCGUCGAAAUGUUAAUGCUGCUAUGGUCUUUCAGCUGCUGCAUGCUCUUCUGAACCUAAUGAAGGAUUACUUCGGUAGAGUUACGGAGGAAAACAUAAAAAAUAACUUCGUUUUGAUAUACGAAAUUCUCGAUGAGGUGAUUGAUUAUGGAUAUGGACAGAAUACAGAUACAGGAAUUUUGAAAUCCCUCAUUACUCAGGCUGGGACACGCGCAGCCACUAAAGAGGAGACUGCUCAAAUAACAAAUCAAGUUACUGGUCAGAUUGGAUGGCGCCGUGAAGGUAUAAAAUACAGAAGGAAUGAACUGUUUCUGGAUAUCAUGGAGUCGGUCAAUCUUCUUAUGUCACCACAAGGACAAGUUUUAUCUGCACAUGUGGCAGGUCGAGUGAUCAUGAAGUCUUAUUUAAGUGGUAUGCCAGAAUGUAAAUUUGGUUUUAAUGACAAAGUCAGUUUGGAAAAUAAACAACGAUCUACAGCUGGUACAGAAGACAGUAGUGGAGGUAUUGCAAUAGAUGACUGUCAAUUUCAUCAAUGUGUUAAACUGGGUCGAUUCGAAACUGAACAUACAAUCUCUUUUAUUCCACCAGACGGUGAAUUCGAGUUGAUGCGUUAUAGAACUACUAAGGAGAUCAGUUUACCAUUUCGUGUCAUACCAUUAGUUCGUGAACUUGGUAAAACUAAAAUGGAUGUUAAAGUAAUUUUAAAAGCUAAUUUUCGUCCUAAUUUAUUUGCACAAAAAAUUGAAGUUCAUAUACCGACUCCAAUGAAUACAAGUGGUGUACAAGUUGUAUGUAUGAAAGGUAGAGCAAAAUAUAAAGCAGCUGAAAAUGCUAUUAUUUGGAAGAUUAGACGAAUAUCUGGUAUGAAAGAUUGUCAAUUAUCUGCGGAAAUUGAAUUGUUACAAGCUUCAGAUAAACAAAAACGUUGGAUGCGUCCACCGAUUUCUAUGAAUUUCGAGGUACCAUUUGCACCGUCUGGAUUUAAAGUUCGUUUCUUAAAAGUGUUCGAAUCUAAAUUGAAUUAUUCGGAUCAUGAUGUAGUGAAAUGGGUUCGCUAUAUUGGUAAAAGUGGUUUAUAUGAAACAAGAUGUUAA